GUGGAAUGUGUUCCAAGGCUGAGCAUCAACUAUUUUCUGACAUCUUCGCCAACUAUAACCAGUACAUCAGACCAGUGGAACGUGUCUCUGACCCAGUGAUAGUCCAAUUUGAGGUGUUGAUGUCUCAGCUCGUGAAAGUGGAUGAAAUUAACCAGAUUAUGGAGACAAAUCUGUGGCUAAGACAUAUCUGGAAUGACUACAAGUUGAAGUGGAAUCCAAAAGAUUUUGGAGGUGUGGAGUUCAUCCGCGUCCCUUCUAGCAAGAUUUGGAAGCCAGACAUUGUUUUAUAUAACAAUGCAGUGGGAGACUUCCAGGUGGAUGAUAAAACCAAAGCUCUUCUUCGCUACAAUGGAGAUGUGACGUGGAUUCCUCCUGCCAUUUUCAAAAGCUCUUGCAAGAUUGACGUCACCUACUUUCCCUUUGACUACCAGAACUGCACCAUGAAGUUUGGCUCAUGGACCUAUGACAAGGCCAAGAUUGAUCUGGUACAGAUUGGCUCCACAAUCAACCUGAAGGAUUUCUGGGAGAGUGGGGAGUGGAUGAUUAUUGAUGCUCCAGGCUACAAGCAUGAGGUCAAAUACAACUGUUGUGAGGAGAUCUACAUUGACAUUACCUACUCGCUCUACAUCCGCCGCCUGCCUCUUUUCUACACCAUUAAUAUGAUCAUCCCAUGCCUGCUCAUCUCAUUCUUGACCGUGCUGGUAUUUUAUCUUCCAUCAGACUGUGGUGAAAAAGUGACGCUUUGCAUCUCAGUUCUCCUCUCCCUCACUGUCUUCCUCUUGGUCAUCACUGAAACCAUUCCAUCCACCUCUCUAGUCAUUCCACUGAUUGGUGAAUACCUCCUCUUCACCAUGAUCUUUGUCACGCUUUCCAUAGUCAUCACCAUCUUUGUGCUUAAUGUGCAUUACCGAACACCCAAGACCCAUACCAUGCCACGAUGGGUGCAUCAUGUAUUCCUUCGCCUCCUUCCCAGAGUCAUGUUCAUGACCAGGCCUGAGCGAGAUCCAGGAAAGCAGAAAAGUUUUGGGACCCCUCAUCGAUCAGGUUCCUUCCAUUCUUCCACUUCCUUUCCCCAACAUCUCACCAAGCAACAGAGCCUUUCAGGCAGCCUUCCUCGGCACACUCAGCUCUUGCUCAACACUGAGCUGAACACCCUGAGUGAAGCUGUUAAAGCUAGCUCAGGUUUCUUGUGCAGAGAUGGGAGAUGUACCUGCUGUUUAAAGCAGCUCUCUACGAAACUGCCCAAAGAUGGAACUGGAGGAGUUGGAGUGGGCACGUUAGGGGCAGUUAGUGGAGGAGCAGGCAUAAUGGUAGGAAGUGGAGCAGGAGGAAGUAGCCCUUGUUCAAGCUCUGAGUCUCUGGAUGGGGGAAUUUUGACUCUCUGCACACUGUCGCCAGAAAUUCGGGAAGCUAUUGAGAGUGUUAAGUACAUUGCAGAGAAUAUGAGGCUACAAAAUGAAGCCAAAGAGGUCCAGGAUGACUGGAAAUACGUGGCCAUGGUGAUUGACCGAAUCUUCUUGUGGGUGUUUAUCCUGGUGUGCAUUCUGGGAACAGCAGGACUCUUUUUACAGCCCCUCCUCAUGGGAGAAGAUAUGUGA